GAGCCUGCUGUGUCUCUGAGAGGUUCCCAUGGCCUCCAGAUUACUACAGAGGGCUCCAGGUCUCAGGGUAACGGCCAGCAGGCAGAUACACAAGAGCCUUGGUUGGCUGUGACUCAGCGGCUGUGUGUCAUGCAUAUGAAGAGGCUGGUGUGGGCAGAGCCGUGGGAGAAGCAGGCGCAUCACACAGACCCUGUGGUCCUGGGCCAGCCUCUGUAAAGUGGACGCUGCGUGGUGGGACCCAGGAAAAAUCAAUGGCCUUUCCUGAACUCCUGGAGCGAGUAGGGGGCCAGGGCAGGUUCCAGCUCCUCCAGGCAGUGGCUCUGGUGACCCCCAUUUUGUGGGUCACCGCCCAGAACAUGCUGGAGAACUUCUCAGCCGCAGUUCCCCACCACCGCUGUUGGGUGCCUCUUCUGGACAACAACACCUCCCAAGCGAGUAUCCCUGGGAACUUUGGACGCGACGUUCUUCUGGCCAUCUCCAUCCCACCUGGUCCGGAUCAGCGACCCCACCGGUGCCUCCGCUUCCGACAACCUCAAUGGCAGCUUAUAGAGUCCAACACCACGGCCACCAACUGGAGCAAAGCUGAUACCGAGCCAUGUCAGGAUGGCUGGGUUUACGACCACAGUACCUUCAGGUCCACAAUUGUGACCACGUGGAACCUGGUAUGUGGUUCCCAGGCCCUGAGACCCAUGUCCCAGUCCAUCUACCUGUCUGGAAUCCUGGUAGGAGCCGUAGUGUGCGGCCAUGCCUCAGAUAGGUUUGGGCGCAGAAGGGUGCUGACCUGGAGCUAUCUUCUGGUGUCUGUGUCUGGCACAAUAGCUGCCUUCAUGCCCACCUUCCCCCUCUACUGCCUGUUCCGUUUCCUGAUGGCCUUUGCAGUGGCAGGUGUCAUGAUGAACACAGCCAGCCUCUUGAUGGAGUGGACAUCAGCCCGGGCUGGCCCCUUGAUGAUGACCUUGAACGCCUUGGGCUUCAGCUUUGGGCAGGUCCUGACAGGCUCUGUGGCCUACGGCGUGCGCAGCUGGAGGAUGCUGCAGUUGGCUGUCUCUGCCCCCUUCUUCCUCUUCUUUGUUUACUCAUGGUGGCUGCCAGAAUCAGCACGCUGGCUCAUCACGGUGGGCAGGCUGGACCAGAGCCUGCGGGAACUACAGAGGGUGGCUGCUGUCAACAGGAGAAAGGCAGAGGCAGACACGUUGACCGUGGAGGUCCUGCGGUCAGCCAUGCAGGAGGAACCGAAUGAGAAGCAAGCUAGUGCCCGUCUGGGCACUCUACUCCACACACCUGGGCUGCGCCUCCGAACCAUCAUCUCCAUGCUGUGCUGGUUUGCCUUUGGCUUCACCUUCUAUGGCCUGGCCCUUGACCUGCAAGCCCUAGGAAGCAAUAUCUUCCUGCUCCAGGCACUCAUCGGGAUUGUGGACCUCCCGGUGAAGAUAGGCAGCCUGCUGCUGCUCAGCCGCUUGGGCCGGCGUCUCUGCCAGGCCAGCUCCCUGGUGCUGCCGGGACUCUGCAUCCUGGCCAACAUACUGGUGCCCCGUGAGAUGGGGAUCCUUCGCUCAUCCUUGGCUGUGCUGGGGCUGGGGUCCCUGGGGGCUGCCUUCACCUGUGUCACCAUAUUCAGCAAUGAACUCUUCCCCACUGUGAUCAGGAUGACUGCAGUGGGCCUGGGCCAGGUAGCAGCCCGAGGAGGAGCCAUGCUAGGGCCUUUGGUGCGGCUGCUGGGUUUCUAUGUCUCCUGGCUGCCUCUGCUGGUGUACGGAGUGGUGCCAGUGUUAAGCGGCCUAGCUGCAUUGCUGCUGCCUGAGACCAAGAACUUGCCACUGCCUGACACCAUCCAAGACAUCCAGAAACAGUCAGUGAAGAAAGAGACACAUGACACAGCAGGCGGCUCCGUCCUGAAGUCUACCGGGUUGUAGGCUCCUGGAGAAGGAUCACAACCUCAACAAUGGAAGGAGGAGAAGGAGAGGGAGAGGGGAGGGAAAGGGUAGGGUUGUCAAUGGCAGGUAAAGGCUCCUGCCUCCGGGCCUAACGGUCUGGAACCCACAUGGUGGUGGGAAAGAAAUACUCCACAAAGUUGUCCUCUGACCUCUGCGUGGAACACGCCCCUCCCCACCCCCACCUCUGAGAUACACACAAAUAAAUAAUUUAUAAAAGA